UUGAUCGCUACGCAAGACACACUGCCCACUUUCUCUGUUUAAGCGACGUAGCGUGUCUCUACCCCUCCAAGUGGUCUAGACGAUCAGCAGCAAAUAAGGCAAAAACCCAACCAGGAAAGCACGCGUCCGAUCCUGAGAUUGAGUGAUAUGUAAAAGUCGUCCCGGUGAGGUCUGAGUCGGGCCGAGCAGUCUGCAGUGAAGAAGCAGGACUUGUAACCCGUUAGUGCUUGCGCUGGCCAUCAGAUGAGCAACUUCUGAAAAGUAAAUCUGCGCCGUGCUUGCAGUUUUCAGCUCCACGCUUCGGAUGAACAUCAUGGCUCUCUCGCCCUCCUCUAUUCUCCUGAUUCUUCUCAUUCUUUCCUCCCUGGAUUGGCUGCCCUCUCCAGGAUCUACAUUUCUCACAGACUGGGACCACACGACAUCAUCAGCUCUCAUUGAGCCUCAUUUUACUGAGUGUAUAUCAAGGGACCAGGAGACGUUCCGCUGCUGGUGGAGUCCUGGCAGCUUCCACAACCUCUCCUCCCCUGGAGCACUCCGAGUCUUCUACCUUAAGAAAGAGUCUCCUACCAGCCAGUGGAAGGAGUGUCCUGAGUAUAUCCAUUCAAAUAGGGAAUGUUUCUUUGAUGAACAUCACACAUCCAUAUGGAUCACUUAUUGCAUGCAGCUUCGCACUCAAAACAACAUCACCUAUUUCAAUGAAGAUGACUGUUUCAGGGUGGAGAAUAUUGUACGUCCUGACCCGCCAGUGUCUUUAAACUGGACCCUGCUGAAUAUAAGUCCUUCCAGGCUAAAUUAUGAUGUCAUGGUUAACUGGGAGCCCCCGCCUACUGCUGAUGUUGAGUUGGGAUGGAUGCGUUUGGAGUAUGAGUUGCAGUACAGAGAGAGAAAUACCACAAACUGGGAAGCAUUGGAGAUUCAGCGACAGUCUCAUCAGACAAUCUACGGUCUGCACUUAGGAAAAGAAUAUGAAGUACACAUCCGCUGCAGGAUGCAGGUUUUCGUUAAAUUUGGCGAGUUCAGUGAAUCCAUCUUCAUUCAAGUGACUGAGAUUCCUAGCACAGAGUCUACUGUCCAUCUCACACUGGUUCUUGUAUUUGGGACUGUGGGUAUCCUCAUACUCAUCAUGCUCAUAGUCAUCUCUCAGCAGAACCGAUUAAUGAUAUUUCUGCUGCCGCCUGUUCCUGCACCCAAAAUCAAAGGCAUCGAUUCAGAGUUAUUGAAGAAGGGGAAGCUGGAUGAGCUGAAUUUUAUACUGAGUGGUGGAGGAAUGGAUGGCCUGCCCAUUUAUGCACCAGAUUUCUACCAAGAUGAGCCGUGGGUGGAGCUCAUCGAGGUCAAUGAGACAGAGGAUGUAGAUAGUGGAGAGAAGGAGGAUAACCGGGGCUCAGACACCCAGAAACUCCUGGGUCAGUCCCAACCUGUCAGUCAACACAUCAACAUAAGUUGCUCUAAUUCAAUCAGUGGUCCGGAUGCCGAGUCAGCCCAGGCCACCUGUUACAACACAGAUCUCCCUGAAGAAGAAACACUAAUGCUGAUGGCCACACUUCUACCAGGACAACCUGAUGAAGAGGAAACCUCCCUUGAUACUGUAGAAAGAUCCUCAGCCUCUGAGACAGGUGAAAGACAGCUCAUCCAAACCCAAACCAGAGGGCCUCAGACCUGGGUCAACACAGACUUCUACGCUCAGGUUAGCAAUGUUAUGCCCUCUGGUGGUGUGGUGUUGUCUCCUGGACAGCAACUCAGAAUCCAGGAGAGCAUCUCAGCUGCUGAGAAGGAGACAAAAAAGAAGCGGAAAGAGAGUGAAGACAGCGAGGAGUCUGAGGAACGGAAGCAAAAAGAGCCGCAGUUUCAGCUGCUAGUAGUGGAUCCAGAAGGAAGUACCUACAGUACAGAGAGCAGUAUCCAUCAAAUCAGCACUCCUCCCCCUAGCUCUCCCAUGCCCGGUGAGGGGUACCACAUCAUACAUCCUCAGCCAGUGGAGCCCAGACCUGCAGCCACAACGGAGGUUAAUCAGCCACCUUACAUUCUUCCUGACUCUCCCCAGUUUUUUGCUCCUGUUGCAGACUACACAGUGGUUCAGGAGUUAGACAGUCAUCACAGUCUGCUCCUUAACCUGCCUAGCCACCAGAACCCCCCUCCCUGCCUGCCACAGUACCCACUCAAGGCACCUAUGCCUGUGGGGUACAUUACCCCAGACCUGCUGGGGAACCUCUCACAAUGAAAUGACAAUGACAUCAGACCUUUACGUGUAAGGCUGGUUUCACCAGGAAGUUACCCACAGUCGUCCUACCCGAUUCCCGUUGGAAACCAAGUAACUCCCAGCACACUGGGUGGCUGAGAUGUGACGGGUGUCUAUUUUCAGAGGAUGCUGAAAGGCAGAUAUAAAAGGCUACAAGAUACUCUCUUAACUUCUUUGCAUCUGCUAAAGCAGUUCUUUCUUCUGAGGUAGCCAAAUAUUAACAUCACAAACCAAAUGCACAGUUUGCUCUGUUUCGUCAACACCUCAUGCAUCCAUGCAUGAUUACAGUGAGCCAAGCAAACAUAAUAUCAAUGCUUAACUGCCUUGUGUUGCAUUGUAUCUCUGGCUUAUUGUGUCCAGAGCAAUGACACUGUUACAGUCUUAAUUUUACAGAGUGCUUUCAGUGCAUGACUGAUGGUGUGAGUUUUCACACCAAACAAAAGUCAUUGCUGACGGUGAUGCUGUUUACCCCACGAGGUACUUUAUUAGUUUAUCAAUAGACCGUUCUUAUCUCAUCAUAUCAUAUUAGCACUUCACUAGAGAUAUAUUUUUAUAAAAAAAACAACCAAGUACACUGUUCAAUACCUAUCCAGAUUCAGCUUUCAUUCCUGUCUUCAUUUUAUCUAAAAGGUAGCUGUUCAUAUUUUCAGAAUAAUUAAUGGAAUUGAGGUUGUAUAAUGUCAAGCUAUGUUCCUCUUAACCUCUAGUUCAAUAGAAUGUUUAAUGCUUUAAACAAAUAGAGAAAAACAUCCAGCACGCGUAUACACACACACACACACACACACAAACACACACAAGAGAUACCAAAGUCAGGGCAACAAACACCAACAGCAAAUUAAAGUUAGUCCAGUCACAGUUAUACCUCUUUCUUUCCGUGGAAAGUGUUUAAAGGAAAUCUGGGAAAUGAAGGAAACCACUAACUUACACUUAAGUAGACACAGUAGAGAAAUUAAAACACUUCAUGGACUAGUACCCAUAAUUAAUUGAAUAUCACACGCUGAUAUACAUAUCUAAUUGUGUGGUUUGGGUUUUUUUUUUUGAGGUUAUUUAUUGACAUUUAAUUUUGACACCAAGUUCAUACGUUGCACUGAAGUGCAGCACAUGUAUUAUGAGGAAGAAUUCUUUCAGUUACACUCACAGCUGGGAGAAUACUGGGCUAUACAUUACAGAGCACCACCAAGUGCCUUGCUCAAGGGCACGUUGAUUAAGUAGUUUACCGGAGAGAAAGGGACACAUGCACACAGCUAGCAAUUCAGAGAGACUAGGGCAGCAUAUUUUUUUAACUUAAACCAUACUGCUCAAGCUUUCUUCUUGGGGUUUGUAUUCCUCUCGUGCAAAUGAAGCAAGCUGAAAGACUGUGAAAGUAUACGUUAAAUGUAAUUAGCUAAAUCUUUCUACCUAUUAACUGCCAAGUGUUAACAGCCUGUGCCUAUAAUAUUGUAAGUGGCUUGCCAGUUCUGUGCUAUGGUACUAUGUUUAUGCAAUCACAACUUGUGCAUUGAUGCAUUGCUUUGUGCAGGCAAGAUCUAGAAGUGGACAGUGUAGGUGAACUGUGCAGAGAUAUCGCUUUUAAAAAUCUGCACAAGCACUGCAACGGCAACACGCACGUGCGUGCAUGCAUACAAGAAAAUAAUGCAUAAAACUAUUUCCCUUAAUCAUAUUUUAGUCUUUGCCUCAUUCACCUAGUUUAUCAGCUGCAAACCACAAUAAGCAUCCUGCUAAUCAUGCUCUUCAAAACCUUUCAAAUCUAAAGUGAUUAUGAAAGUUCGUACUGACCACCUGCAAACUGGCAUGAAUGUAGCUGCGAGCAUUCUUCCCCAAGAAAAGCUCAGUUAUAUAUUGUUGCUUAAUAAGUUAGAUAUCUUUAUUAAUAUUUACAAUAAAUUUGUCCUGGUUUAUGGAAAUUGGGGAUUUUUGUAAUACAAUGUGGGUGAAAGAAAACCUUUUGUAAAGUUUUAGGUCCGUCCCAUGAAUUCUAUCACAAACACCCGACGAUACUGCUGUCACCAAUGCGGCAGAAGAGCAUAGUAUAAUAAAAUCUAAAUACACUUGGGUUAAAAGAGCCUGCCACAUAUGUAGUGUUUUGUGAUGUAGCAUAAUGAAUCUGAAUCUGAACAGCCUCCAUUUGGCAGCCUCCAAAUGAGCUUUUCUCACCUAACACAAAUGUAUUCUACAGAGCAAAGGAAGCACAUCCAGCAUAGAAAUACAUUGUUAAUACAGAUAAGUGGAUAAAUGAGUCAGAUAAUAUAUGCCUUUUAAUCAGACAAUCUCAUAGCAGCGCAAGAGCCAUAAAAUGAUUUUUUUAUGGGAAUCUGAUAAAUAUGUGCCGCUUCUCUCUAUCUCGCCUUUAUUUGAAAAUAUCUCAGCGUUAUGCCGUUGCAGCCUAUCGCGAAUGAUCCCAGCGAGUCCUUGCUGUUGCAGAAAAGUCUUAAUAUAUUGACUGUUGCUGUAAAAUUACAAGCAUAUAUAUUUUGUGUCAUUAGUAGUAGCCACAAUAUAUUGCUGCUCAGUGCAUGUAUAUUUCCCGCAUUCAGCCUUACUGUGGUGUCAGUCGAGAGAGCGCAGCGAUCAUUAUAACAUGUACAAUCCUAAGUGUUUUGCAGGCGACGUCCGUAAUCAGCAGCGUUGUAACGUGACCGUUUCGCCCCGAGAAUCUUUCACAGUGUUUACACUCAUCCAAAGACCCCCAGAAGGCUCUCUGUCUAUAUGAAGGAAGAUCAGAUCAUGGGAAAAAGCACUGUUUUGAUCCUGCAUCAGUUGUACCAUGGUGAUUUUUAAAAGUGUACAAACUAAUCCGUUGGGCAUCUUUCUUCGCCUUUAGACAAUAAUUCUGAUGGCAAAAGAACCAAACGGGACAGGUUUACAAAAAAAAAAAAGUGUACAAACUGAAAUGUGGAAAAAGGAAAAAAAGAAAAAAAAAGUCAAAUCUGUGAAAGUGUUUUUUAAAGGUUACAGUACGAUAGAAAUAUUUGGGAGGUGCUUCUUUUCUUCAAGCUGUGCAAAUGUUUACUACAUUUCAAAUGUUAUUUCAAGCUUAUAAAUGUUACAGACACUUUAGAAGAAGCACUUUGUACACGUACAAUAUAUAUCUGAUGUAGGCAUAUUUUGUAUCAAGUGAGUGAAAAAAACAGCGCUAUAAACUAGUAUUAUAUAUUUUCUAGUCAGCACAGUAAUCAGAAAGUGAGGAACAGUAUCAGUGUCGAUAAGCUUCAGUUUUGUUUAAAGAACGUAUUUUACACAGAUUGCUUUUAACAGAUUACUAGAAAGAUGUACUGUAAUGGAGUAUUUAAUAUUUGCUAUAAGAUUUAUAGAUAGAUAAAUGCAGAUUUUUAAUGAAGUCAUAUCAAAAAAGAGGCAGAGUGAAUAGGUAUAUUGUAACUCUGUUCUCGGACUUUCCUCCCGCUAUGUGAUUUCAGCAUUUCAUUAUUUGAAAGUGCAUUUUUUGACGGGGGUAAAAUAUUUUAUAAUGAUGCCUUUUAGCCCCCAGCCUGUCAGUCCAAGUGUGGCUUUUGUCGUUCUACGGUGUCUGGAAGUAGUUUUGCUGGAAUCUGUGCUGGCUGUUGCUCGUUAUCAAGCAAAGAGCACCGAGCCACACAUUUUUCAGCUUGUUGAGGAAACAGUUUCAUUCUUGACUUGAGUACAGCGGUAUACAGUCUGAUUUUUAAUGACCUUCAGUGGCUCCGCUCUCUUUCCUUCCAUGUGCUAUUUAUUUGUCUGCCCCACCACCUUAGCCAAAUUAACUGUGAAUGGUGCUGCAUGAGUAAUAUUUUCGCUGCCGUGUUGUCAUCUUGAUUAAUAAAGCUGGAAAUGUUCUGCAUGCCAAAAUCAGACCCAUCACCAUUGUGGUCUCAAGUAUGACGUUUCGGUUUGCAUUGGCUUGUUUUCUUCAUAUUUUGACACAAACCCCUCACACCCACCCCCUCCGUCCUUGGAGCCGCUGUCCUUGUCUGUUGGCUGCUGUUUUACUCGGGGCUAAGAACUUGUUUAUGAUGUUUAUUUGAUAUUGUUCUCUUGCCAAUUGAGCCUUUCUGGUGUUGUAUAUGUGAUCAAUAAGCUCUCGACAAGUUACAAAAUAAAUAUACAGCAUCUUGGUCAUUAUUUUUGUCAUGUUGU